UCCCACCAACCUAACACAAUUACGAGUUUCUUACUACCACCUGAAACGUUACAUAAUGCGAUUAUCUUUAGUUGUAUCACUGUCAUUGUCGCCGCAGGCACUCUGUCGUUCGAUGACAUCGUUCCACUUGUUUUUUUCCACUUUCACACCCGAAUAGCUCUGACCUUUCCAGUUUCCCACCUCUAUGAUCACCCCACCAUUCCUGGUCCCAUUAAACGCCACUUAUUCCACGAUUUUGAAAUCACUUCCCCGGACGAUCGUCUAGACGCGUACUAGUUAGUGGCAUCUUCCCCUAUGCAGAUGGUUGUAUGAAGUCGCGAAUAGGUUGUCGCGAAUAGGUUGUCGCGAAUCCCCAUCACGAGCUCGUAGGACAGAUCCGGUGAUUUCGAGAGCCGAGAGAACGAGGCUGCGUGGGAUUCGCGGAGCAAAUCGAACCUGCCCCACCUGGGAGGCGAGGCUUGCGAUUCUCGAAGCUCGAUUCUCGAUUCUCGAAGGGGCACACAUGCUCGCCUUCGUUCCCAUUCGGCCUGCUAAGACAUCGGGAUCUCCUUCACCGUGGUCCUCAAACGGGCCUCGCGCUCCGCCAGGUACACAUCUCGCCUCACGCACUCGCGUCCACGCUCGCACGCUAUCUAACAAACGAAGCUGAGUAUCGAAAGAGGAGGAAGCAAAAUGAGGAUAACUUACGUGCUCUUUGGCCUCGCGUUGCUCGUUGCCUACGUACACUCGAGCCCUAUCGUCAAAAGGGAAGCGGAAUCCGAGGAUCUCAAUCCAUUGAACGAGAUAUACAUCGUGGAGGCCGACGAUGAUCAGGCUGCGGAUGGAGACAGGACCGACAGGGAUAAGAGGAAAGUCGGCGUCAUCAAGCUGGGCGUGUCCAAUGGAAUAAUCAAUUUCGUUUUCGGCAAGCUGGAUUCCUUCAUCGAUGCGAAAACUAAAGCGCUGGGUACGUUGGACGAGGCAAAUAAAGUAAAGAACGCUGCGUAUGGCAUUGAUAACAAAUAUUCGGCAACCAGCAAGUUCAUCAGUGAUCUGGUCGCUUCGAAACUGAAAGCAGCGAGCGGAAGCAUCGGGCCGGUACUAAACAGCGCGCAAACUUUCGUCUCUAGCUUCAAGCACGGAUUGGCUGGUGCUACCGCUUCGAAAUUGCAGCCGCUUGCUGCCCUCGCCGGUGGCUUGUCCUCUCAUUCGACGCCCGAUUCGCAUGGACACAACGGAGACGAAGGAAACGGAGACUCGUCAAACGCGCUCGCGCUUAUUGGGAACCUUUUGUCUAAGAAGAUCAGCAGCUUGAGUCAGUUGAGUCAGAACAAAGACGACGGACAUUCUGGUCUUAGCGAAGGAAGCACCAGCUACGGAUCGUACGGACAUGUUAGCGACGGGUACGAAUACGAUCCACCGCAAGGGGCGUAUUAUACGGCUUAAAAAGCGGAUGCGGUGCAAACGAGGACAUUGGACCUUGGCCUUUGGACACGUCCAAAGGGAUCAUCGAUCAGCCACGCUUGAGAGAAGAUCCAUGACGCAACUAAACAUUCAUCUUAAUGCGCGAACAAAUAAAUAAAAGCAAUAAAAAGAAAGAGAAAAUAACGAGAGGAUUGUACGAACGUUAUAUAAACGAGCGUCUUUAAUUUUCGUAACUGUACGACGAUAUAUCUACGACAAUGGAUUUUUCUUUUUAGCACGGCCGAUAAAAUGCCAGGAUCACACAGGCGACACAAGUAAUGUUCUAAUAUUAAGAAUGACACGCAAGAGAUCUCCCCUAUCUCGUCUGUUUCGCCAUUUCCGGGCUAAUGUUACCGAGAAGUUACCCAUGAAAUUGAUUCACCAUUGUGCGAUCUGUAAAUAAUUCCUUAGGUGUAUGUUGCCGUGGGACUGUCUCGUCCCAUGUACCUCAACGCUGUGCAAAUCAAUUGUAAAUAGAGUAUUUAACCGCUCUUUAAAUAUACACUCUAACGGUGUACGUUUAUGAAUGGUAGAUGUUGAUAAUGAUGAUAAUUGUUUUUUUCAAUAAAAUCACGAUCAGGUUUUCUUUGUCUUUGAAUCGAGUACUUCAGUCUUUUACGAACGCCAUCGACGUCCUGCAUCCUUUCCUAUCCUUCUCUGAA